ACCCCUUAACCCCUUUAAAACCAAAGUGUAGUAUAAAAUGAGCCGACAUUUCCAAGCAGUCAUUCACUAUUAAAUACAAUCCGCCGCCAAGAGAACAAAAAUGAAAGCAUCAACAACUACAGCGAUAUCAAUCUGCAUACUCUUAGAGUGCCUCACUGUGGUACAAGGUUCCCCUGUUGGAGCAGUCAAGUCCAACAACACUAAUUCAGAAGUGUCUCCCAAUGAGUUUUACGUCAAGAUACUCCGUGGUAGAGAUGGUAGAGAUGGUAGAGAUGGUUUCCAAGGAACGCCAGGAGCCCCAGGCAAAGACGGCCAGGAUGGGGAGAAGGGAACAGUGGGGGAGCAAGGACCAAGAGGGGACAAGGGAGAGCAAGGACCCCUUGGUCUGGUCAGUGGAGGGAUCACUUACGUCAGAUGGGGGAAGAAAUCUUGUCCAUCUGUGUCCGGGACAGUGCUGCUAUAUCAUGGAAUAACGGCUGGGAGUUUUUGGUCCAACACUGGAGGUGGAGCAAACUAUCUGUGCAUGCCUCAUAACCCUCAAUAUGGAGCUUAUCUAGCUGGAGUGCAGAAUCAUAACCCUCUUUAUGGAACUGAGUACGAGUCAUAUGGUGGGCUAAUUAGCAGCUCACACGAUCACAAUGUACCUUGUGCCGUUUGUUACGCCUCUACUAGAGUAUCACUGCUGAUGAUACCAGCUCGAAUGGAGUGUCCAACAUCUUGGACUCGUGAAUACAUUGGCUAUCUGAUGUCUACGGCUGCUAAUAACCACUAUCGAACCAUGUACGAGUGUGUCGACCAAUCUCCUGACAGAAUUCCAGGAAGCGCAGCAAACACAAAUGGUGCAGUGUUCUAUCACGUAGAGGCCAAUUGCAAUGGCCUACCUUGUGGACCCUAUGACCCACAGAAAGAAGUGACCUGUGCUGUGUGUACCAAGUAGGCUCAUGCAGCUAACCGUAUAGCUAGUGUGUAAGGAACUGAACGUACAGAAGUGACUUUUAUACUAAGUGCCAGUGUUAAUAAGUAUAAAUAUCAAAUUAUGCUAAAUAAUGUUCCGUAUCAACUGUAAAAUUGAUUUUGACAACUA